AAGUAACCUAGCAACAAAGGAAGCAGUAGUUGUUUACAUUUUGGAGUUUACUUUUGAUCGCAAAAUGACGGGUGGAAACGCUGAUGAAAUUACAAUGGAUCCUCCACACAUAUAUGUGGAGAGAACACUUGCCAUAAUUAAGCCUGAUGCCGUACAUAAAUCUGAGGAAAUCGAAGAUAUAAUACUAAGAUCAGGAUUUGCAAUAUUGCAGAAAAGAAGAGUGCACUUGACUCCGGAGCAGGCAAGUGACUUUUAUGCAGAACACUAUGGAAAGCUUUUCUUUGCGAGUCUUGUAGCAUACAUGUCGAGUGGACCAGUUAUUGCUCUAGUGAUUGCCAGAGACCAAGCAAUAUCAUACUGGAGGGAACUGAUUGGUCCAACCAACACAAUUAAAGCAAGACAGACACAUCCAGACAGCUUGAGGGCUAUUUAUGGAACAGAUGAUCAAAGAAAUGCCCUUCAUGGAAGUGAAAGUUUUACAGCUUCAGAAAGGGAAAUUAGAUUUUUCUUCCCAGACAGCAUUAUAGAGCCAGUACCAGUCGGUCAGGCAUCCAAAGACUAUUUAUCAAGAAAAGUGAAUCCAACAUUGUUAAAAGGACUCACAGAAUUGUGUAAACAAAAACCACUUGAUCCUGUGGUAUGGUUAGCGGACUGGUUGCUGGAAAACAACCCAAACAAACCAAGAAUUGGUCAGAUGAAAGUUCAGGAACCAGACUGCUAAAUUGAAUAUAAUAGAAAAUGAACAAUGAUUGCUAACAGUUGUGAUACCUUUGCAGCUCAGAUUAUACUUUUGGUGAAAAGCAGAGAAAUAAGAAACUUUGUAACUUGAAAAAAUACUGAAUAAACAAACUAUAAAACAAUAAACAUGUAUUGAUUGGAAUAUAAUUAUCAUGAGUUUUUCCAUCAGUUAAAAUGUAUAAUGCUUGACUUGUCUGUGAUAAUAAACUUGUAUAUCAAGUACAUUUUAUAUGCUUAUAGAUAGGUUGUUGAUAUAUAAAAUACAUGGACAUGAGAAGGUAUACUUCAGAAUUCUCAAAUUCUUUUCAUGUUUUCUAUGUCAUUAUUGUCAUUUUGUUGAAUUCUCAAGUUGAGAAUUUUCAUGCCCUUCUUUGUAUAUUUUGUUCUGACUAUUUAAGAACUUAUAUAAAUAAAAACAUCAUCCAUA